AUGAUAUGUAUACAUAUUUCUGUUAUUAUUUUUAUAAUUUGUACUUUAAUAUUUAUUUAUAAUAAUGCUUAUAAUAAAUAUUUAAAAGAUAUUUUAAAAGAAAAUGAAUCAUUAUGUUGUACUAGUUUAGAAGAUUUAAAUUAUUCUCGUAUUGAACCACCAAUAAAAAGUUUUAGUUAUGGAUGGAGUCAAGAAAGUAAAUUAAAAAAUUAUGUUGAUUCAUCAUGUCCAAUGAAUGGUGUUUUUGUUUGUGCUAAAUCUAUCAAAUUCAAUUCUAAUUAUACACAUAUUCAAUUCUUAUCUAAUAAUGGGCAAAUACUUUAUGAAAAUACUGAUGAGGCAAAUGUAUCUAUUUGGGUAAGAUGUUUGAAUAAAAAUUGGCUUAUAGAAGGAAAACUUUUUUCAGCAAUUACAUGUUCGCAAAAAUAA